AUGUCAUUCAGGACUGCAGCCACCGAUUACGGACCCACUGGCCAAGCAGGGGAAGAAGGUGACCUGGAUUCCCAGUGGAAUGGAGUAGACGAGCAUGAGGUUGUGGCGAAGGAGAGAGUGGCAUGUGAUCGCUGCCGUCAGCGAAAGACCAAGUGUAAUCGCGUUCAUCCGUGCUCACAUUGUACCAAGGCGCAGGCACAGUGUACAUUCAAGCUGGCUCACAAAGCCAAAGAAAAGCGGCAACGGGUCCUGAUCUCGAGUGCAUAUGAACGGAGGCUUGAGCAUAUUUCGAACAGAAUUGAGGAUCUCUGCGGAAUCAUAGGGCAAAUUAGAGAUGAGCGCCAUCAUGGUGAUAGCAGCCUUAUGGCCCCGACUAGAUUACGGGCACCAUUAUAUCCAUCGCUCCAAUUUGGCAGUCGUCAGGCAUCCCCCGAAGGCCUCGCGCCAGUGGAAGGGAUUGAGCCCGCAUUGUUUGCCCAUGUCAUUCGCGCAGUAAGGGCUCUUGAAACCGCUGUGAUGAAUGACCCAUAUGCCAGGGCCGUCGACGAUAUAACUUCGGUGUUGAGUACUUUACUGAGCACAAUAAAUGACCAACAGGAGCAAAACAAGGUGAUGGACCGGUGCCGUUCAUUUCCGACGGCGCUGCCUUCUGGUCCGAGUCUCAGGGAUCUGCCUAUCCCUUCCUUGGAUAAAAUCAUGGCAUGCCUUAGGAUCACUCAAGGUGCGUCUGGUUUCCCAGGCUAUAUUGCACUCGUUCUGAUAAGUAUCCUAGAUAGCUCACCGGGCGAGAUCUACUGGCCAUUCGAAUUUGGAUCUCUGGGAGACUUCACUCAGUACGUGAUCAGGGCCUGCACACCCGGUCCGAUCAGCGAUACGGAGCUGAUCAUAGUCCACUACGUUCUCUACUCGCUCUUCACCCAAAUCUCGAUCUGUGCCGAUGACGCGGCACUCAGACAUGACUACGAUGUGCAAGCUGCAACGUGCAGAGACAGCCUCGAAACAAUUCUGUCGAGCCUUUCCUUCCACAUCGAUACCAAUAUUGACUCUAUCUGUGCCUUGUACAUGGCGUGUCUUCAUUGCCUGCACCGGGGAAAGGUGUCUACAGCGUGGACUUUUAUUUCAAGAGCGUCACUUAUGUGCCUGGCCUUGGGAUUGCAUAGUAGCCACGCCAUGGAAUCAGAGCAAGAAAACGCCGUGCAGCGAAAGAUGUGUCUUUUCUGGGCUGUGUACGCCCUGGAGAAAGCCGUGGCUCUACGGCUCGGCAGGCCAUCGACUAUUAGAGACCAGGAUAUUACCAUCCCACGACUCACUUUGGAUCGCAAAAUGACCUCCCUAGCAUACAACCGGCUGCCUGACUGGAUCGAUGUCGCCAGCCUCUACGGCCGCUUGCACGAUGGCCUGUAUAGUCCGACUGCGUUGACACAACCGAGCUCCGUUCGGGUGUCUCGUACCAGGGCGCUGGCUUCUGAGCUGGAGCAGAUGAUGGCCGCGCGAACCGGAUACUACAAUCGACCAGAGCAGUGGAGUAGCCAUACUCUAAAUCUCAAUCUUUCACGGUUCAUGAUACACGCCAACAGAGCUAUCGAAUACUCAACCUUGGCGUCCAUAUACCGAGGAAUCCCAACAGAUAGUUCUUCGGGUAUGUCACCAUGUACGCAAUAUAUCACCGCUGCACGAGUAGCUCUUGAAGAGAGCGAAGCCAGCAUUGCCCUACUUUCAGACUCAGCAGAAUGGCCGACUGGUCUUCACGAAUGGAUCAAUCAGAUUCUCCUCCUAGCGCCAUUCAUCCCGCUCACGAUCCUGGUUUGCAAUGCUGUUGAUACUGCUGACGCGUCGGACCUGCGCCGCUUGAAGGGAGUGGUUGACGGCCUACAGUCUUUGGCAGCAUCGCCGCGUUAUUCCAGCUGUAAUCGGCAGCUGCGUAUCUUCAAGCCUCUAUAUGACGUUGCAGCUCGUUAUAUGGAAGCAAAGACAAGCCGGGAUUCAACAGACACGAUUAGCAGUCUAUUCACUAAUCCUGACACGGAUGGCUACUUCGAUGAUGAUACUUGGCUCGGGAAUGGAUUUUCUCUUGUCCCGUCUUUACCAUUAUCAGAUAUGUCGUCACUGGAUUUUCUCUAA